AUGGAUCCAACGCAAUAUAGGAGAUUAAUUGGAUUGUUAUGUUACUUGUGCAAUAUGUGGCUACAUUUGGCGUUUAGAGUCGGUAUUGCGAGUAAAUUCAUGGAGAGACCAAAGGUGUCUCACUUGGCAGCAGUUAAGUGGAUCCUACGAUACUCCAAAGGUACUAUUGUUUGCGGAAUUCUCUUUCCCACAACUGAUACGGGCAUAAAGUAUGAAUUGCUCGGUUACACGAAUUCCAAUUGGUUCGAAGAUAAGGACGAUCAAAAGUCUACGACUGGUUAUGUCUUUAUGUUCGAAAGAGCUUCAAUCUCUAGGUGCUCUAAAAAGGAAAUUGUGGUGGCACUCUCUUCUUGUGAAGCCGAGCAUAUCGCGACGUCAUUGUUUGCGUGUCAGGCUGUGUGGCUUGUGAAUCUGUGGGAAGAGCUGGACAACAAGGUUGAAGAAGUUGUCACACUCUUGGUUGAUAAUGCUUCAGCCAUUAAUCUUGCUAAGAAUCCCAUAUCACAUGGGAGGAUCUAG